AUGCAUAAAUGUAUAGUGUGCGGUAAUGUAUCUUGUAACACCAGAGUAAAUCGUCCAGAAGUUCUUUAUCAUGGAUUUCCAAAGAAUCAAUACAUGAAAAGAAAAUGGUUAAAAGUCAUUAGAAUUGAUCGUGGUCAUGAUGGGCCAAAAAUAUGUAGUGAUCACUUUUUACCAGAACAAUAUAGACCAGGAAAAAGGCGAUUUUUAUCAUAUGGUGCUGUUCCCCAACCAUAUGAUCAAAAUGGUUAUCCUACUAAUUUUGCUACUCAAAAUAAUGUAGUUUUACCCAUUCAACAAAAUAAUAUAAGAAAAUUGGAUUAUUAUGAUGAAAGUGAUUACAUGGAAACUGAAUUUUACAGAGAGGAACCUAUUGAAAACAAUUUUGAAUCACCAGGGCGGUCUUCUAGACUUACUAGAAACAAUGAGGAUAUGUCAGACCAUACUAUAGGAUCUGGAUUACGAUGUUCGGUUAAAAACUGCUUUAACAGGCAUUCAGAGAAUCUUAGUUUCUUUGGCUAUCCUAAGGAUUUCACGCUCAGAAAAAAGUGGAUAGAAAAAUGUGGAAUACAAAGAGAUCCAGCAAAAAUAGUAAAACCUGGUACAAGAGUUUGUAGUACUCAUUUUGAACCUGGUUGUUUCAGAAAUACUCAAUUAAAGAAUAGAUUAAAACCAGGUGCCGUUCCAUCAUUAUUUUUAGAUAAUGCACCUGAUGUUUUACCAGUUUCAAUUAAUGAGAUGCCUGUAUUGAUUACACAUGAAGAUCAAAUCAUAAGUCCGAUAGAUAAUGGAGCUGCUGAACAGUCAGAAGAAGAAUAUCAAAACUAUUGGCUAGUUGAUACAGAUAAUAUUUCCAUGAUAACUGACCUUACAAUUGAUGAUUCAUCUAAUAGUUCGUAG